AUGAUUGUACCAGGGCCCACCACACCCGCUAGCGAUCUGCAGAACGGUGGGCGCAAAGCCAGACGACUCAGCUCAUUAGCGGUGGUCAACCUCCACUGUCAAGGUCUAUCCAUUUCUGUUGCUUCGGAAAUGAUUAUGAGCCCAGUUUAUUAUGGCGAUGAACAGUCCCUUGAGUUCGGCAGCGGCCGGAAUAGGCUACAAAGCUACCUUUCAGGUAUUCGUGAUCCUGCCCCGGGCUGCUAUCGCGAGUUCGGUACCGAGCUUAAACUGACUCGAUGUUGUCUAUGUAAUGCACCUGCCAAAGUUGAACAAGAACGUGUGGCUUCAGGUUAUGAAACGCAGGCGGCUGUGUCGCAAGCAAAUGGCAUGGCGAUCCUGUUAUCCAGUUUGGUCUGGGCCGUGUUCAAGAGGACAUCAAGUGCUUGA